AUGAAAGAUGGAAUUAAAUAUCACAUAAAAAAAAUAAAGGACAUUGAAACACCCGUUAGUACUAUACUAACUAAUGAUCUACUACCAGAAUUUUUAAAUAUGGAAUUGUUAAGAAAAAUAGAAAAGAAAGUUAUAUUAAAUUGCCCAUUAUUUGAAGUAUAUAAUCAAUUAGAUGUUUUAGAAAAAGCAAAAGAAUUUUUUAAAAAUAAAAGCAAUGGAUCGAAAUUUUAUUUACAUAAUUUUUGCGACUUUGAUAAUAGCUAUAGAUAUAUGAAUAUUAGAAAUGUUUUAAUAAAUGAUUUUUCUAUAAAUAUAAAUAAAUACAUAACUUUAAAAUAUAAUAGCUCUACAGUAGUAUUUUCCAUUGAUGAUUUUUUGAAAUGUAUAGAAAUUUUUGAACCCGACAUUUUUUGCAUUCCUUCAGAAGAAAUAAGAAUAAAUGAAGAAGUAGGGAAAAAAAAAAAAAUAAGAAUAAUAAGCUUAAUGGAUGAAUUUUUAGAAAAAAUAAAAAUAUUGAAAGAAAAAUCAUUGAAUAAUUCUUUAUGUAUUUUAUCUGUUCCAUCAACAAUUAAUAUACAUAAUUUAAUUAAAGAAACAUUAAAUAAAUACAACGAUAUUUUAGAUGGAUAUUUAUUAAGUGGAAUAGGUUAUGAUGAAUCAAACGAAAUUAGAACCAGUUGUAUAAAAAAUAUUUUAAAUGUAUUACCAGAAGAUAAAUUAAAAUUUAUACAAUUAAAUAUAGGAAACCCAAUAGAAAUUUUGCAUAGCAUUUUCAAUGGGAUUGAUAUUGUAGAAUCAAAUUUUCCUUAUUAUUUAGCAAGAAAUGGAAAAGCUAUAAGUAUGAAUAUUAAAAUAGAAGAAUCAAAAUAUAGUAACAAAUCGCAUGAUAUUAAUCUUAUUAACCUUAAAAAUAGUGAAAAGUUCAUUAUAGAUUUAAAUGACCCUAUAUAUAAUUUUGACUAUUCUACUAUAACAAGCGAUUCACCAAGGAAAGAGACGAAAUCGUAUAUACAUCAUUUAUUAAAAUGCCAAGAACUGACAGCUAACGUAAUAUUAAUGUAUCAUAAUCUUUAUAUUUAUAAUGCGUUCUUUCAAGAAAUUCAAAUACAAAUAAAAAAUAACAAUUUUUUAGAUUAUAUUAGUUGGUUUAUAGAAUAUCACAAAUUAAAUUUAUAA